UAAAAAAUAUUACUAUUUUUCAAUAUUAAAAGAGCAUUACAAUUAAAAUAUAUUAGUUUAAACAAAUAUUUCAAAAUAUUAAGAAAACAAAUAACUAAAUAAAAACAGUUUUCCAUUGUUAAAGGUAAUAAAACAAGAAGACUUCAGCAUUUGCAAUUUUAUUUAAUUAUGAUUAUUAAAUAAAACAAAAGAGAAAUGUUUAAAUAAGCGAAAAGUGACUCAGUUACAGGUCUAUGAGAAAAUUAUUAAAAAACUUUUAAAAUAAGGUGAACACCAAUACGAAGUCCAAACACUAGGUGAGUGUGCAGACAGACAAUUAACAGAAAAAAACAGACGGGAAGCAAACUAAUCUGAAGAAAACAAUUAAGCAACAUAAAAGAUCUCUGCCCUUAAUACAUAAAAAUGAGCGAUCAAAGUAUGCUGGACAAUACCACAGUGCCCCCGGUGGUACCCACAAAUCCACAUGAAAUUGCCUUGCAAUCAUUAUGCAAACAAUUGCUGAAAUCUCGUUUAUUUAGAGGCUUCUAUGUGGAGAGACGUUAUGUCGAAAAUGUCAAAGGUUAUCGUGAUAUAGUGAGUUUACAAAAGUCUGAGAAAAGUUUGGAUAAAAUGUUAAAAGACAUACGCGAUAAAUUGCAAUUAUUCUACAGUCACCAGAAUCCCCAAAUAUGGAUUGGUAUUACCAGUGGCCCUUUGGCUGGUAUUACUAAACCACAACCUGCAGCUUUAGAAACCCAUCUAUGGGUGGAAAUGAAAGAACUAGCUUUUGGUCAAUAUUGGUUUAGUAUAAAAAGUAUACGUUUUCGUGAUAAUGAAAUCAUUUUAAAAUUGAAAGAAGUACAACCUGUAGAAGAGGAAGAAGUGCCUAAAUGGGCUCCUAGUUCGAGCAGCAAUAAGGCAAUUUGUGAUAAUACUCCAGCGAUAGAAAAUUCGGCACCCAACACCACCUUAUCCUUGGAAAAUCAAAUUACUUUCGAUGAUUUCAUUAUACUGCUGCAACAAUGGUGGGCGACCAUUAAACAAACUGUUUACGAUUUUAUGGCGCAAGAUAUUUCUAAAGAAAACAUUAAGGGAGUCUUAAGAUUUUUAGGUCUACUCAUUGUUUCCAUACUAUCAGGUGCUCUAGUGGGUGUCAAAUUUUUAGGAAUAUUUACUCUACGUUUUAUGUUUGAACUCAGCCGUUUAACGCAUGUCUUAACGCCGAUUAUUUUCAAAAUAAUCGAAGUGUUUAAUAAAAUCAUUGGUGGUUUCUAUAUACUUUUGGCUAUGAUUUGGAAAGAUACCGUUGUCAAGCGAAAUCAACCACAACAUAAUGCUCUGGAAUACAAUCGUCCUAUAUAUAAGAGUAUAGAGUAUGAUGUCAGACAACGACGUCAAGAUGCAUCAACAAAUUUUGAUAAAUCUUUUCAAUAGAAUUUUUAAGAAAAUUUUAAAAAUUUGACUUGGAAAAGAACAAUAAAAUUUCGUACAUAAUGUUGCAGUUAAAAAAGAGAUCGCACAACUUUUAGUUCUCUUCUUGAGGUUUUAACAACUAUAUACACAUUUUUAACUAUUUAUUACCACAACAGAUAUUCUUUUUAAAAUAUUCUAUUUAUUUUUUUAUAAAUUAUACAAAUUUAAAGCAAAAACGAAAUUUUUUUCUAAAA